UGGAGUAAUCAAAGUUGGAGCUGGAUCUUCUUAUCCUAUUAAUUAAUGUCAUGCAAACAAUCUCUGCGCUAUCUGAAUAAUAAGAGUAAACAAUUAUUUGGGUUGAAAACUUGGAAAUAGAAUGAUGUUAAUUUGUAAGAAUUGACUGAUCUGAGUUUGUGCCAACCACGGCGGAGUUUGUAAUUAAAACAUCUCUUUCAAUCCUACAAUCUUAUCGUCAGCAAGCAAAGACCACAGCCAUGAUUGAAGUCCACAAAGAUAAUUGCUACUGAACCGUGUCAGACUUGGCUUUUAGUGUGAAGGUGAAAUGUGCAGCUUUAAACUAUUCAAGGCAGACCUCCUUACCUGACAACAAAAAAUGUUAAAAAAAAUAUCAGCAAGAAAGAUGCCACAUCCUGCAGGUUCUGCAGUUGCAGUAGUGUUCAUUGUCCAACUCUCCCAUCCCUCUCCACCCCAUUUUUACUUGCACCAUCUUUCUAGUUUCUCCUAUCCCUCUCCACCCCAUAUAGUACCUUGGCACCAUGAAAACUAAUCAACCAAAGCUUAAGACCCACCUCUUCUCUUGUGGGUUUUUCCGCCAUUGUACUCAAACUGUUGUCAGCCCAACAGGCAGUAGUACCCCUCACCCCCCAACUUUUCCUCUCUCACAAUCUGACCCAAUUCUCCCAUCACCACCGCCGCCACCGCCACAACAACUCGACACGCUUCCCCUGCCACCACCGCCACUUCACCGACCCUCGCAACCCGACUCCUCUUCAUCAUCCUCAUCCUCCUCAACCUCCCAAAGCUUCACCCAGUGGAAGUUCCCACUCCCACAUUCACCCAUCCUUCCCAACCCGAAUCAACCACACGGAUUCGACCCGGUACCCCAACCCAUUACCCAUUACGGGCCACCACCUCCACCCAUUUCAUCCACAGAACUCCAGGAACUAUUCCACGUUGCGGAGCUCCAACUCAGCACCGGGUCGGAUCCGGACCAACUCGCGGCGCUGCAACUCUUGGAGCGGUCACUCGUCCCAAACCCGCCAUCCGACCCGGAGUGUCCGCCCGAACUGAUGCGCGGGGUAGUGAGGAAUUUGAAAACCAAAGCUGGAGCAAAGCCCGCAACGAAGAUACUGUUAGCGCUUUGCUUAGCGGAGGGGAACCGCCACGUGGCGGUGGAGGCAGGUGCGGUGGGAGCAGUGAUUGAGAUAGCGGCGGAGCUGGACGACGCGGCGGCCGAGCGUGCGUUGGCGGCUUUAGAGCUAAUGUGCACGGUGGCGGAGGGUGCGGCGGAGCUGAGAGCACACGCUCUGGCAGUGCCGGUGAUGGUGGCGACGAUGGGGAGAAUGGCGGCGCGUGCAAAGGAGUACGCUAUCAGUGUUCUGUCUGUGAUGUACGGUGGAGGUGCGUUAGAGGACCAGGGGGCUCCGCCGGUAGAGGAGGUGGCGCGUGCGGUGGCGUUGGCAUUGCAAGGGAAUUGUAGUGCUAGGGGAAGGAGAAAAGGGGGCCAACUGUUGAAAGUGCUUCAAGAACAACAAGAUGAUGAAGAAAAAGAUGAAGAAGGUGAAGGUGAAGAGAAUGAGAACUGAUUUGUCUGUUGUGGUAGCUUGAACUGGGAGAGUACAGUCGAGUUGGUCUAAGUGUUGGAGUAAUUAGCCGGUAAUCUCGGAGCAAAUCUCAUAGCAUGGAGAAUAGUGAUCAUUUUUCUUACAUUUACAAUGGGGUUCACUUGUUAAAUUCAUAAUAAAGUCUAUUGUGAAUGUAAGAGAGGGGAACACUAUUUUCCUAUGUCGUAUGUAUACUAUAAUACCAACUAAAUGUUAGUGUUGGAAAGUGAACGUGAAUAGAUUGUAUCCUAGUUGUGUGAUCCUAAAUUCUGCCUUCCAUAAUUUUCA